AUGGCAAACCCUCACGCACCACCGCCUCGACCUCUCUACAAGCAGAACUCCUGGUCGCCGGACAUACUCCGUGAGGAGACAUGGCAGCGUCAGAAGAGCAAUUGGGGUACGCGGAGUCUCAACCGCAGCAAAAGCGUUUCAGACGAUGACUUGGAGGAACUAAAAGCCUGCAUUGAGCUGGGGUUCGGGUUUGAUUCGCCAGAAAUCGACCCCAAACUCUGCCGCACCUUACCUGCAUUGGAGUCUUACCAUGCUUUAAACAAGCAGCGGUUUGGUAAAAGCGUAUCAACAGGAGGGGAUGAUGCGGAGGUGGUGAAGAUGAGGUUAAAGCAGUGGGCGCAAUUGGUUGCCUGUGCGGUUCGGGAAUCAUCUUCUUCCGGGAGAUAA